AUGCCGCCGCCGAAGAAAUCACAGGAGGACGAGGAUCCAACCCCGUACCUUUUCGUCUCCCUUGAGCAGAAGAGAAUCGACCAGACGAAACCGUACGACGCGAAGAAGGCGUGCUGGGUGCCGGACGAGAAGGACGGUUACCUUCUUGGUGAAAUCAAGGCAACCAAGGGUGAUGUUGUUUCCGUCACGUUACCUGGCGGCGAGAAUAGAAUGAAAUGUGUAUAUAAAAAAGGAAUGCCCGUGCAGACGAAACAGUUCCGCAAGGACCAAUUGGCUCAAGUAAAUCCGCCGAAAUAUGAGAAAACCGAGGAUAUGGCUGAUUUAACAUUCCUGAACGAGGCGUCCGUGUUGCACAACUUGAAACAACGUUACUACAACAAUUUAAUUUACACGAAGGACUUCAAGAAGGACCAACUGCAGCAAGUGAAUCCACCGAAAUACGAAAAAUGCGAGGAUAUGUCAAAUUUAACUUAUCUCAACGAUGCUUCGGUCCUUCACAAUUUGAAACAACGUUAUUACGCCAAACUCAUCUACACCUACUCCGGCCUCUUCUGCGUAGCCAUCAACCCCUACAGACGAUUCCCCGUAUACACGUUUAGAUGCGCGAAACUUUAUCGAGGCAAAAGACGUAGCGAAGUGCCACCGCAUAUUUUCGCCAUCUCUGACGGUGCAUACGUCAAUAUGCUCACUAACAGUGAAAAUCAGUCCAUGUUGAUUACCGGUGAAUCUGGUGCCGGGAAAACUGAAAACACGAAGAAAGUAAUCGCGUACUUCGCCACCGUCGGUGCCUCGACCAAGAAGAGCGAAGAUGCAGCGAGUCAAAAGAAAGGCUCCCUGGAAGAUCAGGUCGUCCAAACCAACCCUGUUUUGGAAGCGUUCGGUAAUGCAAAGACCGUCCGUAACGACAACUCGUCGCGUUUCAUCUACUGGAGAAGGCUCGUGUCAUUUCUCAACAGACUCUGGAACGUUCUUACCACAUCUUUUAUCAAAUGAUGUCAGGCUCGGUCGCUGGCUUGAAGGAUGCACUCCGAAGGAAAGCCACCAGAAAACAUGGCACCCUCACUCUGUAGUUAAUACCUGCAUGUUUGUUUUUAUUCUUUCUUGGCCACCUAUAGAAAUGUUGCUGCUGUCCAACAACAUCCAUGACUACUACUUUGUCUCACAAGGCAAGACGACUAUCCCUGGCCUCGAUGAUGGCGAGGAACUUUUAAUCACCGAUGUAAAUUUAUGUCUAUUGUCCAACAACAUAUACGACUAUGUCAACGUGUCUCAAGGAAAAAUCACAAUCCCCAACGUCGACGACGGUGAAGAAUGUUUAUUGACGGACCAAGCUUUCGACGUGCUGGGCUUCACCCAAGAAGAGAAGAACGACAUUUACAAGAUCACCGCUUCUGUCAUGCACAUGGGUGGUAUGAAGUUCAAGCAAAGAGGUCGCGAGGAACAGGCGGAAGCCGACGGAACCGAGGAAGGUGAACGCGUCGCCAAACUACUUGGAUGCGACUGUGCCGAUCUUUACAAGAACUUGCUGAAGCCAAGGAUCAAAGUCGGUAACGAGUUCGUGACGCAAGGUCGUAACAAGGAUCAGGUAGCGUACUCGGUGGGUGCCAUGUCCAAGGCCAUGUUCGACAGACUGUUCAAAUGGUUGGUGAAAAAGUGUAACGAGACCUUGGACACGAAACAGAAGAGGCAACACUUUAUCGGUGUACUGGAUAUCGCCGGUUUCGAGAUCUUCGACUAUAACGGUUUCGAGCAACUGUGUAUCAACUUCACCAACGAAAAGCUGCAACAGUUCUUCAAUCAUCACAUGUUUGUCCUUGAGCAAGAGGAGUAUAAGAAAGAGGGUAUCGUCUGGCAAUUUAUUGACUUCGGAAUGGAUCUGCUCGCGUGUAUCGAGCUGAUCGAGAAGUUCAACAGCUUCGAGCAGCUGUGCAUCAACUUCACCAAUGAGAAGCUUCAACAGUUCUUCAAUCACCACAUGUUCGUCCUCGAACAAGAAGAGUAUACGAAGGAGGGCAUUGAGUGGGCAUUCAUAGACUUUGGCAUGGAUCUCCUCGCGUGUAUUGAAUUGAUCGAGAAG